GAUAGUUUCCGACCAUCAUGAUUAGACAUGAAUGCAUCACAAGACGUGUACUCUUUUCUAGCAUCAUCUGCACUUCCUGCUUACGUCCAAGCGCACAACGUCGGAAAGAAAACAAGAUGCGGUAGUUGAACUUCACUGAAGAGUUGUGACCAAUGACAGCUUUAUUAACGUGUCACUAAAUGCAAUUUCUGUGGAGCCAAGGCGUGUGGCAGUAAUAGAAACUGAAACAUGCAGUUCCCUCCCACCAACGGAGAUUUCACGUUCGUGUCUUCGACCGAGGCUGAAGAACUCAGCGGCACCAUCAGCACUCCAGAUGUUAAACUGAAUAUAGGCAGUGACAGUGGGAAGGACCCGUAUGCCACCACCUUCCUGAGACAACGAGGCUACGGCUGGCUGCUGGAGGUGGAGGAAGAGGACAAUGAAGAGAGCAAACCUCUUCUGUUGUGUCUUGGAUCAUCACCAUCUGGAUAUUUGGAUCACUAACCAUCUUCCUGCUGGCUCGUGUUCUUGGUGGGGAGGUUUCAUACGGUCAGGUCCUUGGAGUGAUUGGGUAUUCCCUUCUUCCUCUCAUCGUCAUAGCCCCUCUGCUCUUAGUGAUUGGAGGCUUCGAGGUGGUUUCUACACUAGUCAAACUUUUUGGAGUUUUCUGGGCUGCAUACAGUGCUGCUUCACUGCUUGUCGGAGAUGAAUUUAAAACAAAGAAGCCCCUUCUCAUAUAUCCCAUUUUCCUACUGUACAUCUACUUCCUGUCACUAUAUACUGGAGUGUGAUUGGAUGACCUGGAGCUGUGGACCUUUUCAUGGACAGUUACCCUGGAGCAUGGGUGGGGGGGAAAAAACAAAAAACCUACAAAACCGGGAUUUUUUUAAAACUCUGUUAUUCUAGAUGUUGGGGAAGUUGGGAAUAUAUACUAAUGUAUAUAGUUUUUCCCUUGUGUCUUUGGUCAAUAAAGUGCGUAUGCUUUUGCUGCUUAAA